AUGAAGGAAAAAACUGCUGCUUCCGCAUCAUCAAAACAAAAUUCGCAAAGCUUCCUCGGAGGAUUCGCAAAAAAGAAAAGGCUCAUUGGACUGCUCAUUGGCCUCAGCACCGCGCUCUUUCUAUGGAACCAGUUCAGUGAUGCUAGUCUCAUGAGCUGGUUAGGAAUGGGUAACGAAGUCAGACCAUUUGAUGAAUUCCAGGGCAUGUUGUAUUAUUUGACCAAGUCGGACAAGCUUCUUCCUGCUCAACUAGACGGAAGUGAAGUUCAAGAGUCUAGUGUAUGGAGUGAUGGAACAAAGCUCAGCCCUGCGCAAUGGGAGACUCGCUUGGCAGAAAUGUACAAGCAAUACCCGGUG